GUCGGGAGCGUUAAUUGCCUUGUGGCUGUUAUAUACUAUAUUUAAGACGAUAGGAAGGAUUGGCAAAAUCUGUUUGAACGGAAGUGAGAAAAAAACAUCCUUAUUGUUAAUAUAUGGAAUGCUUAACAAACUAAACAAGUACUUUCGGUCAUCAAUCAGUGGUAAAAUAUACAAUGGAAAGGCGAUUGAUUGGCUAUUGUUAUGGUUAGGGGAGUGGUCAAGGCACGGGCUCACGAGUAGCUUCAGUGAUUGUCGGGGCUAGGGAUUUGUGGGGCAUUUUUUAUCCGCUGUGUGUAGUAUCCCCACCCACUCGUGACGAGGCCGUCUGGGGACAGGAUGCAGUCGGGGUACAUAAAUUCCCUGCAUCUUGUCUUUCUGGUACGUACACCAUUACCACCGGUGGAGACGAGCGUGCACUCCCGUAGCCGUGAUAGGCAGUCAGUGUUAAUCUACACACAGCGAGGAAAGGAGUGGACAAAAUGUACUUAGUCUUACUAUGGGCGACAGACCGACGUCAAUGUUGCUCUUCGUAGUGCUGCUGUUUGUCGCAAUUGUGCAGUCUCUGCCCCUGUCUGACAAACUGUACGGGACCCACAAUGACCACGGCAAUCCGACAAACGGGGGGUCGAGCAACAGCUACAGGAAGGAUUCACCCGACAAAUACCCAGCAUCGCAUACACAUCACGAAACUGGUGAGACGGACACAAAAGGGUAUCCGGGUACUGGAGAUGAAGGCACGGUAGGAGAGGUUCAUCAGCAAGCAAAAGUCAAUAUUUCUUUGGAUGGAAGUUUACUAAGUGAAUAUGAAAAAUCUAACGAUACAACUUUGGGGGAUAUUUCGGAUAUGUCAGAACUCUCUCGUCACAGACGAUCGGGAAAUCCUUUCCAAAACAGUCACGUGAUUCCGUGUAGUUAUUCGGACAGACAUUACUGUCUUAACGCUGGCACGUGUGUUCUGGUGGCCGCACUGGACAUCAAAACCUGCAGAUGCGAAAUACCAUACACGGGCAUCAGGUGUGAAAUGAUUGACGUCGAUUAUCUGAUGACACAGAUGAAUACUCGGAUGGGAGAUAGGCGACACAUCUCAAUCGGAUGGUAUAACGGAUAGUAACGGCCUGAACUCUUCCAGCGUACUAAUGGACUUGUCACGUGACUUGUGGGUGAUUGGCGCCAAUGAUGGUGGUGGUUAUGGUGGCGGAAAACAACUCCAGUUAUUCUUUUUACAGAAAAUGUUUCCUUGCAAUGCACGAGCAUGUAGCACAGGUGAUAGAGACAGGCAUUUGCUGUUAUUGGAUCUUUCAUUUCAUUUUAAAAGUAUAUCAGUACAUCCUUCAUGUGUAUUAACGUAAGUCCCUCUCUGUGAUGUCAGGGUAACAACAGUGACGUGUCGCACACGCGCAGUGUUUUGAUUGGAUUGCCAUAACUACAGUAAGUACACUGUAACAUGGGUAAUCAACAAGAGAAUUAACAAGACGAAAGAUAUUCAACCUUGCAAUAUGAUUUUCAAGCAGCAUCCUGCUUUCAUACAGGGAACACGCAAAGUAAGACAUUGGAGUUAUGACAGGUAAACGUGUCCUGAACACUAGGUAACUUCCAUUAUCAAGGAGUCGACGAGGAUCCUCCUAGCAAAACCAAUGCAUCUCCUUUCCAUCCAAGCUGACCAUUGUCCAAUAUGUUUCUCUGAUAGAUCACGAGAGUGUCAGUAGUCUGUAGUUAUUUUCCCCGUCAAAGACAUCUUCAUUCCUAUCCCUGUGAUAAAGUCGUGCUGAGAGGAAGUCCUCACCAAACAUUGUAACGUUCUAAAACAGCGACAAUUGUUCCAGCCUUCUGCUUAUUUGUCAUCAAAAUUUAUCUGGCAACAGUCCGUAUUACGGUAAUGUGUUACCUAUCAAUACAAUUGGAAAUGAUGUCACUAUUUUUAACGGUCAAGGUCACAACGCAGCCUUUCUGAACCUGACAUAAUCUGGGAAUUGACCUCAAGGAAACCGAUGAUUGUGCUGAACCUAUUGUAUAUGUAGCAGAAACUCAGUGAUGGAAACGAACUUUUGUACAGCACUUGUAAUUUAUAUCAGCUAUUUAGAUCAACGUAACUUUAUUGUAUCAAUUAAAAAACUGACUAACUCUUUCAAAAUUACCUUUGACACAACUUUAAUUAGUCGCUGUUAAUGAAGUUAAAAAGACUUUAUCAGAAGUGGAACUAGUCUACACUGAUGUUACAUCCUUAAGGAAACAAAUUGAACAAGGAGAGACCAUUAUGAAGUGACAGUUACCGAAAAGUUUUUUUCUCUCUCAACAACCGAAGAGUUUAAAUCUAAUCUUAAAAAAAAACAUUAGAAGACCAUUUCUUUUAACUGUUACAAUGUUCUCUUUCCAACUGAUUGAAGUGGGUGUAAAGAUGUGUGUGUAGCGUUAUAGUUGCAUUGUGUUUAUUUAUGACGCCAUUUGGCAUUGUUGGUUGUAGUAAUCUGUUACAUUGUAUAUCUUGCAAGACAAAAAUACCAAUGGAGCAAAUCAGAACCUUUGGUGGUAUUUGCUCCGUGAGGUGCCUUUAAACCUUACUGCUGCAUUCUCCCAUAGUAUUUAUCUUAAUUGGUAAUUAAGUGUUACAUAGGCCUUUAAUUAGAUUUUGGAAGCGUUUCAAAAGUACAAUACGUUUUAGCAUUUUGUCAAUUUAUAAUGAUAUUAUAGUGCGUAGUGUCGUUCCUAUCGUAUCUACUUCAUCAAUUCUAUAUGGCUUAGGUCUAUGCUUCGACAAGACUGGGUAUGGUGAUUAUUUACAUCUGAACAUUUAACACAAAUUAAGUGAUUGUUAACCGCAUACAAAAUAAAAGUAGUCUGGUUUUACUAAUAAAGUAAGACCAAUGUUAAUAUCAAAGACAGUCUUUUCAAAACUAAAAUCGUAUUCAUAUUUCGAUGAUUACACGGAAGUGAAUUAAUAGGCUAUGUUAUCAGAGACUCUUUAUAUAGGACUACGUUAGGUAACUGAUAAAAGUGUAGGUAUGUCUCAUAAUAUUCCUACGGGAGUUCAACAUCUACCAAUGACUAAUUUAGAAAAAAAUACAAUACAGUCAGAAUACAACAGUGUUUGUACGUCGCUUGUUCGGUUAAUUUGCCCUACUGUGCUGUGUUAGGUAAUGCAGAAAAAAACAUUUAAUGGUACUGAGUUCGUCAUAAAUAGAUAUAAAUCGGAGUACAAAUACUUAUUUGUGCAAUAUGUUUUGGCAUUUCAUUCGUUAAGGGUUGUGAGUUCGAUUAUAAAUUUUAUAAAAAUAUUCAUAUUUAUAGUGUAUGCGCAUCUUUCUCGUUUUUCUCCAUUAACCAAAAAGGGAUAUUUCUAACGGAAACUAUAGCGUGUGUGUUCAGCAAGCAACUUUCUAUUAAAACGUCGUCGUCGAAAAAUAUUUGCUUUAUACAACAACACAAAACAUCAGCUUUGCUGUUAUUGGUUUAUAUAGUAUACCGAUAUUAUAUCUACUAGAAAUUCCUUGAAAGGUUCAGGAAAACUGGGCAGAAGGUUAAGGUCAGUUGUUACAUUACUUAGUAUAUACAUUGGUAAGCUAGUGAUUUUCUUUUUGCGAGAGAAUACAACUUCAAAGUACGUAUCAAUGAAAUAUUGCACUGAUGCAGCGAAACAUACAUUAUACAUUGACCAUGUAUCUAUUAGUGAAAUACACGUAUCUUAAUCACUGAAAACACAUCAGAAAAUUGAAUACUAUUUACAUUGAAUAUCAAACCCCGUAAUCGAGAUUUACACUGCGAAUUUCAACUGCAAAUUUAUUUUUUAUACAUUAUACUAUAUAUUAUGUUAUCAUAUGUAUUUCCAUAAACGUCAGUAAUAGAAAAAAGUUUAUAGAUGUGCCGAGACAAAUCUACAUGAUUCCCACAUGGGAUCGCCAUUCGCCUACCUUUUAUCCUGAUCCUUUCAAGAUUUUAGAAAUAUAAAGAUGAUGCUAGAAUACCGUUAUAUUUACUUGUGAUGUCACAUUCAAUAUAGAUUAUACACAUGAUACGAAUAAGAUCUUAUUAUAUUUAAUCAGUAAAAUAAACAGAUAACAACCUUUUAAUGAUUGGUUGAAAGGGACGCAGAUGAAAGCGAGGCGUGUGCAAUGGAGAGCGAAAGUUGUAUGGGACAGUCUGGCACGUGUUUCAUUGUGAGCGCCUCUCCCUUAGGAGGUAUGCUGAGGGUAGACUUAUCGUUAUGUUUGUGUUCAUAUCAGGUAAUUUAAAAAUUCGAUGUAUAUACUAGAUAAUGUAUUUUUGUUACACAAUGUAGACGAAGUGACUGACUAUUUGUAUUACCCGGAUUGAGAUGUUCGGAGUUAGGUUAGCGAAAUUAUAUCGCGAUAAAAAGAACACAAAAUAUUGGUGUAGUUCGAAAGACCAGACUUUUUAUCAUAUUUUUGAAUAUCUGAAUUCAAUAUGUUAUAUAUUUACAACAAUUUGAAAUUAAAAAAUCAGAUGAACGUUUAUAUGGUAACUAACACCAUUUAAAACAUCAAGUCCAAACAUAAGAAUAUAUAUUUAUCUUUCUGGGAUCAUAUACAGUUCGAUGGACGCCUUGUUUCUCAGGGUUUCCUUUGUUUAAUGUACAUUUCUCUGUUUCUGCAUUUUAAUUAUGUAGACUUUCACCGCAUCAAAUUGCUGUCUAUAUAAUGAUCAUCUCCGAUAUAUAUAUAUAUAGUAUAACGUAAACAAGUCAACAUCUGACACCAAGGUAUACGGAACGAGCUAGAAUGUUGAUAUAAAUAACUAGAUUGUUAAACAGAUGUAAUCAACAAAACAGGACAGUUAUAUAUUUCAGUGAUGUAUGUAUUUUUGUUUUAAAGGUUUAAGGGAGAAUAAAUAUAAGAAUGUGGAAAAA